AUGGCGACCCAUUUGGAUGCUCUUGUGGUCGGCGCUGGCUUCGGCGGCAUAUAUCAGCUCAAAAAGCUUCGAGAUCAGGGCCUGUCAGUCAAGGCACUUGACAUUGCGGGAGAUGUGGGCGGAACUUGGUACUGGAACCGCUAUCCAGGUGCGAUGUCAGAUACCGAAUCUUUCCUCUACCGCUACUCGUGGGAUCCUGAAGAUCUCCGCUCAUACCCUUGGCCUCGACACUAUGUCAAAGGGCCAGAAGUGCUUGCAUACUUACAGCACGUGGUGAAGAAAUAUAAUCUUCGCAAAGACAUCAAUCUGAACACGGCACUUGUGUCAGCUUCCUGGGAUGAUUCACAAAGAGUGUGGGUCGUCGAGACAUCCACAAACGAGACUAUCCAUGCUCGGUAUCUGAUCUCGGCAUUGGGGUUAUUGUCGAAGCAAAACUUCCCCAAGUACAAAAAUCUAGAAAAGUUCCAAGGAGAAUUAUAUCACACGGGUGCUUGGCCUGAAGGGGUCACACUCCAGGGUAAGCGUGUUGGAGUCAUUGGGAAUGGUUCCACAGGUAUCCAGGUUAUAACAUCCGCUGCAAAGGUCGCCAAGAAGCUGCUCUGCUUCCAGAGGUCGCCCCAGUACAGCGUCCCUAGUGGAGAUAUGGAUACAACACAAGCUUACCGCGAUGAUAUCAAUACACGGUAUGAUGAUAUCUGGAAGCAGGCAAAAAACAGUGCCUUUGCAUUUGGCUUCGAAGAGAGUACGAUACCUACCAUGAGCGUCAGUAGUGAGGAGCGCCACCGAAUAUUCGAAGAGGCGUGGCAGAAAGGCAACGGAUUCCGCUUUAUGUUCGGCACUUUCUGCGACAUAUCUUAUAACGAGGAAGCAAACGAGGAAGCUGCCCGGUUCAUUCGAGAGAAGAUCAGAAACACUGUUAGAGACCCUGAAAAGGCCCGGAAGCUCACCCCAACAGAUUUUUAUGCCCGCCGCCCUCUUUGUGAUACCGGUUAUUACCAGCAAUUCAAUCGUGAGCAUGUCGAUAUCGUGGACUUGAAGGCAAACCCCAUCCGAGAAUUCACAGCGGAAGGUAUCAAGACAGCUGAUGGCACUGUUCAUGAGCUUGACGUCGUGAUCUGCGCCACGGGUUUCGAUGCGGUCGAUGGCAAUUACACUCGGGUCGUCAUCAAGGGGAGGGAGGGAAGAACGUUGAAGGAGCAUUGGAGUGAUGGCCCUACUUCUUAUCUUGGAGUUGCUGUGCCAUAUUUUCCCAAUUUGUUCACAAUUCUGGGGCCAAAUGGCCCGUUCACCAACAUACCUCCCACGAUCGAGACACAGGUAGAAUUCAUCUCAGACAUGAUUGAAGACGCCGAGCGACGGGACAGAGCACGCGCACACGUCAACGGCCUUCCAGAUGGGAACGGCCUUCAAAAUGGCACCGGUAAUGAAAAGGUGAAUGGACAUACCGGAAGCAAUGGUAGCAUACCUUAUAAAAGUGGCAUCGGCUCCAUCAUCGAGGCAAGUGCAGACGCUGAGAGGCAGUGGACUGAGGUUUGCGACGACCUCAGCAGAGAGAGUUUGUUCCGCAAGACAGACUCUUGGAUUUUCGGUGCCAAUAUUCCAGGAAAGAAGAAUACCACAAUGUUUUAUUUUGGUGGUCUGGGGAAUUAUCGCAAGGAGCUGCAUAGCCUAGUAAGGGACGGAUACCGAGGGUUCCGCAUAGAGUAG